AUGAGGUUCCUGAGCUCCCCAUACCUGCAGCAGUGGCUUGCCGGGCAGCUCCCAGGGACCUGCAUGGGAAGGAGCUGCGCAUCGUUCACUGUUAGCAACAAUGGUUUGGUUUCCUUUGAGAAGCGUGUCUCAGGAUACACCCCCAAAGGUAUCCCUCUGACAGAUGGAAAAGCUUUUGUUGCCGCAUACUGGGGAGAUGUCAACAAUGAGAUAGCGGGGAACAUCUACUACCGUCAAGUAGAAGAUCCAAAACUGCUGAAUCGUAUUACCAAGGACAUCAAUGAGUGCUACCCUGAUAUCCCUUUCAAUGCCAUUUGGGCCUUGAUUGCAACCUGGGAUCAUGUGGCCUAUUUUGGAAGUAUUUCUGACAAGACAAACACUUUCCAGUGCAUCCUAGCAACAGAUAAAGAUACAUCCUUUGUAAUGCUCAAAUAUAAGCAAAUACAGUGGACCACUGGUACAGCAAGUGGUGGCGAUCCUGCGACAGGUCGGAAUGGAUCCGAAGCACAGGCUGGAUUCAACACUGGUGAUGAUAAAAACUACUUUAGCAUUCCUGGUUCCCGUCGCCCCGAAAUUAUCAACAUUACCCAAACCAGCAAUGUGCAUAAGCCAGGAAUCUGGAUAUUCCAGGUGAAUGAUUUCAAGCCAACUGGAAUCCCUGAAGAACUUUUGAAACUAACUGUUCCAGUGGAUGAAGAGCCACAGUCCCACGUGGAGGAAGAACCACAAGCCCCUGUGGAACAAGAGCCACAGCCCCCUGUGGAACAGGAGCCACAGCCCCCUGUGGAACAGGAGCCACAGCCCCCUGUGGAACAAGAGCCACAGCCCCCUGUGGAGAAAGAGCCACAGCCCCCUGUGGAGAAAGAGCCACAAACUCCUGUAGAGAAAGAGCCCGAAGCCCCUAUUGAGGAAAAGCCCGAAGCCCCUAUUGAGGAAAAAAAAGCCCAAAGCCCCUACUGA